AUGCAGACUGUCAGGAUACAAACCUUCAUCCCUGAUCCCCCUCAACACCCACCGGGGCAUAAUCUCUUUCCUCUUACAACUCUUCCCAUCCACCACAAGACACCCCUUCCCACCAGAUUUACACUCGAGAUGCCUCCUUCUCCUUUCCAUAAUCUUUCUCACAGUCUUGCUCCUACAAAACGACGCAUCCGUCCUCAACGAGCAAUCCUCGUUGCGCGGACACUCGAGUUUAUGCUCAAAUCGCCAGAGCAGCCAGUCAAUCUUGGAGUGGACGCCAGUGUAUACGACGGCAUAGAAGUGGCGGUUGGUAUGUUUGAGGGCGAGCGCGUCUGGGUAGGAGAGGUAGGAGGAUAUGUGCAUGUGGAGUUCGGUGGGGAGGGAUGUUAG